AUGUUGAUCGGUAAGAAGCGGGUGCAUUUACCGGUGUUCGCGUCCGUCUACGGCAACCCCCAGUCCCGAUAUGCACGACGCUGCAUCUCCUGUUUUUCUCUACUUCGCUUUCACCCCAUGAUUCGCCGUUUGACACAGACCUCGACACUAAAGCAAGGAGCAAGUAAAUACAAACGGGGGGGAGGAGUCCCCAACCGGGGACAGAGUGGUCACAUCCCCGGGUUUUCCAGUCAGAAACUGAUUCAAACCGCUAGAACGGUACAGCGUGGCCUCGUACAAUCGCAGAACUGCUCGACGCUCCAAAAAAAACUCUAACCACCUGAUUGCCGACUCCUUGCCAAUUCCAAGGGUNGGCGGUUUCAACCGAUUUGGAAUCAAACUAGGUUGAGUUCGGAUCGGUACAGAAAAUCCUUCAUGUCGACUACGCGUGCCGGCGUCAGCAUUCGCCCUGACCUGGAUACGCUGGCAUUCCCCACUACCCCUCCGACCACUCGACCACGACCAGCACCCC